ACGCAGAUGACAUAGUCCUGUUUUGUGAAAACUUACAAAAUACAGUCUUUCAGUAGCACUGAGCAACAAUGUCAGGAUGUUUGGGAUGUGUUUCUCCCCCUUUAAAUGCAAAUUUUUGCUUCAGGACUGGCCUGCGCCAACACCUGAACUAAGGAUAAGGAGUGAACUAGUCGAACGCGUCAACAACUUCACUUGUGUUGGUAGUGUGAUCAGACCUAAUGGGUUCAGAAAGCUCGUUUGUCUUUUGUCAACUUACGUCACUUAUGACGACUAGAUAUUCGUCUAUCAACCAAGGGACGAGUAUACUGCUCAGCAGUUCGUUCUGUUUUCCUUCGCGGCUGCAAAACGUGGUCUUUAAGGGUAGAGGAUACUUUUUUUCCACAUAAACCACUUCUCUCUCAUUGUAUCAUAUCCUUAUGUUAUUACCAUUUAAGGUAACUACUAUGAAUUUGGUGUUGUGCUAAUGAGGUAUAGGAACUUGGACCAAUGCGUGUAUGUGCCUGAUCCUACGUUGUAGCUGACUGAUUCUAUUUUAAAACAUUUGGAUUAAAUGUUGUUGAAGGUACGGAUCACAUCCUCAGCUGGUCAUUUUAAAUGCAUCUUAGCUACUGUAGUGCUAAAAUUACGUAGGACGUCGAGUGGCUUUCGUCACGGGCCAAACUUACUAUUCAACUAUUGCUAAUGCCAGGAUGCUGACAUUUUUCGAAUUCGGGAUAUUUGUGCCAUGCGCCCUGUCCCUGAAAAUCUACGCCCUGACGUUUGGCGCAUAUGUCUGAGGUUGGACACUCAGUCGCAAGCAAUGGCUACAUUUAACGAUGUUUUCGAAUUAGAAAAUCAGUCACAACUUCAUGAAGAUUGUGAGUUGGCUUCUAAGGAGUUAUUUAAUCGUCUGACCAAACAGUAUAGUCUUCAACAGUCGAAAAAUAUCUCUAAUCUGUCAGUGAACAGUGAUAAUGAUGAUUCAGAUUUAGAAGCGUCAUCCCUCAGUAUGUUCCUCCCACCAGCUGCAAAGAUAUCUAGUGAUUUGGAAUCUGUUUUAACACAUUUCGCUCAGACUUAUCGUUUGAAAUAUAGUUCAAUCAACGGUUGGGUAUCAAUACUUAAAGUACUUUUCAUUGUCCUGAAACCGACCAAUCGGUCGGAACUGUAUGCGAGUUUUGUUUCAUUCUACCAUCGUUUCGUUGCUACGGGAGUAAAUAUUGAUCAAUGUGUAAGCAUAGUUUUCCGUUUGUUGUUGCAAUAUCACGAACCAAAGUUGUGCAGCUUUUUGGAUUCAUUAAAAGUUACUCCUGAAAGUUAUUUCAUACCUUGGAUGUCAAGUCUUUACGCUGAUUUUAUAUCAGAAGAUGUUAUACCAUCCCUAUGGGAUUUAUAUUUCUUGAAGUCUGAUCCUUUGCUUGGCUUCUAUAUUGGAUUACUACUUAUUGUUAAUACCAAACUUCUUUCGUUUUUAUUAUCAACUCAAGAACGGUCACUUGCUGCUGGUUCAUAUGCUGUUGGAAAGCAUAUCACAUUUUUAAGUACUGGGAGAAAAGACGAAGAUCAACUAGCUAAUAUGGUUGUAGCUGAGUUUCUCCGGCAAAACACACCAUAUGUCAGUUUGAUUGAAGGUGGUUAUACAGCUUUACAUGAAGUCUUAGGUACUUAUGAAGUUGGUAGGAGUUUAAUUGGUCAUGAACCUACAAUAUGUUUAGGAUGUAUUGGAGGAAAAAACUUUGUACCUUUAUCAACUUCUGAUAAUAAAAUGGAGUCAUCAUGUUUAAUAAGUGAAAAAGCAAAAGUACAACCAGUUAACUCUUCGAGUGUUGGUUUAUUCUCUAAAUUCUCAAAUGCAAUAUUUAAUACUGGCCGUAGUUUGGAUCAAGUACCAAAACUUCUGAAACUUUCAAGUGUAAGUUCAGUGCCAACAACAACAAUCAAAACUGAUACAACCCCUACAUACCAACCUGUUCAGAAUAAAGAAACAAAAAAACCCGUUGCUUACAGAAAUACAUCAUCUGUAUUCAGUAUUGAUGAUGACUAUGACGAAGAUGAUCUAUGUGAUGAUGAAGCUGAGACUAUUACAAACAGUCCCAAUCAUACAGAGAAAGAAGCAAGAAAUGCGACGUUAUCUGAACAGUCAACUUGGUUAAAACGUUUUGUUAAAGCAUCUACACAUGUCGCACCUGACAUGGAUGGGGAUUUCCCCCCUCGAAUUGAUGGUAUGGACAGCUGUGAAGUUGGCGAUUUAAUUGAUACUACCCGGUGGUCUAGACGGCCAGAAGUAAGAGGUGUAUUUAGUACCCGAUUUAUAAGGCCUAAUGGACAAUUAGGCGAUAGUGGUUUACUUGUUUUAGCAGAACGUCAUUUAAUUUUGUUGCGUCAUCCAACUCCUCGACUUCCUAACCAACUCAUUAACUCUCUUAGUUCUACUUUACAGUCUGUUUUUAACAAAAAGAAUCCAAAAUCAUCUGAAUAUUCGGCUAUUCAAAAACCAACUACAGAUCUCCCGAAAUAUGCUGUUGUUUAUCGAUCAAUUCCCUUAUCUAUGGUAGUGAAAAUCACGUCAAAUCGUCGUUUCCCGGAAUGUAUUACAUUUCACUAUUGUCCACAUGACGAAGGCGAUAUGCUAAAACUAAACGAUCAGUCAUUAUUUAGUAUGAAAGAUCGAUUAUAUAUUAAUAAAGCAGGCGAAGCAGUGAAAAUGGUAAAAACUGCUAUCUUUACUACUGUUGCAUCAUUGGAAACGUAGUAUUACUCAUAUUGCGGUCUUGUUUUAUUAUUUUCUUUGUACACUAUGUGUUUUGCACUGAUGAUUUUAUUUAUAUUUAUUUUUUCUUAUGUCAUCUGUCAAUCAGGAAAGUUGGAUUUUGAAAGUAAAUUAAAGUUUUUGUUUUUCGUACAUUUCUUCUAAUUUGAACAAUAACUUUUUGUUUUGAUUACAUAAAACUGUGAUGUUUAGGUGAAAAAUAGUAUCUAGAUAAAAUUUUUAGCACUAUUCUUUCAAUCACCAAUGCACUUUCUCGUCAUAUCACUGUAAUUAUAGUUAACCUUAUUCACUCUCUUACCUUCAAGGUUAAAGUCUCAUUUUGUUCAUAUUGAAGUGUUUUUAUUUGGGAUUAUCAAAGGAGCUGUGCAUUAAUUUUUUUUCGUUUAAUUUAACUAAUUUUUACAAAACAGAUCGUCAACCAGAUGAAUCUCUCUCUCUCUCUCUCUCUCUC